AUGGCAACUCUCCCCAAACACAUCUACACCCAAAUAACCCCAGAUGCAGGUACAGGCUUAUUUGCCUCAGAAGCCAUCCCACCUGGAGUGGAAAUCCUCCGUAUUGAGAGGCCAUUAGUCUCUGUGCUUGACUCUCCCCACCUCAAAGACACAUGCUCCGAGUGCAGUCUGUGGCUGCCACAAAAUGACGAUGACCGAGACCCAAAGUGCAAGAGGCUGAAAGCCUGUCAGGCUUGCAAGGUCACCAAAUAUUGCUGUAAAGAGUGCCAGACUCAAUCAUGGAAGAAACACCACAAAUACGAAUGCAAGAUCUUUGCUAAGCUCUAUCCGAAUGUCCUUCCAAAUACCGUCCGUAUAGUGAUGCAGCUUUUACUUCGACUGAACGCGAAAUCCCUUCCUGAUCGAGAAUGGCAGGCCUUUCUCGAUCUGCAGUCUCAUGUUGAUGAAAUCCGCUCUUCUCAGAUAAAGAAUGAAGAUGGUCUCACGACCUGGCAUGCCAUCGAGCUCAUGAGUCAAGCCGCUUCAUCUUACUCAGGCAGCCAAGAACCCAUCUCAUUCAUCCAGACGCUCACGGCACGCAUCCUCAUCAAUAGCCACACUCUCACAACCCCAAACCUCGACCCUUUAGGUCUGUGCCUCUCACCUCAUUCGGCUCUCCUGAAUCACAGUUGUACACCUAAUACCGCCAUCGUUUUCUCGGGCUCGACACUCACACUGCGCUCCCUUGCUGCCAUCUCAGCCAAAUCUGAGCUCUCCAUCUCCUAUAUUGACACUACAAAUCCCACAUCAGCCCGCCAAUCUGAGCUUCGGAGUCGUUACUUUUUCAACUGCAGCUGCUCACCCUGUAGCGCAGGUAUUACCAACGGCCUGCCGGACCCUCGUCCAGACCACAACUUUGAUGCCGUUCAAGCACGUGCCGUAGGGUUGCAAGCAGAAGCGUCCACACUACCACAGGAUCGAGCAGCCGCCUUGCUCAAAAGCGCGCUCGGUUUCCUCGGUCACUACCCUCCUCACCGGCAACCCAGUCCCUCAAUCCUUCAUACGGCCUUCCUUAAUGCCAUCGCUACUCAAUCCUGGGCCAUCGCUCUUAGCUAUGCCUUGAAAGCGUAUUUCUUGAUAGAUCCAUUACACUAUCGAUCAAGCUGGCAUCCAGUACGUGUAGUCAGGAAGUGGGUCCUUCUGCGCCUUGUAACCCAGAUUGCCGGGAUCGUGAGCGAGGGAGAUGGUAGCAUCAAAGGAUUGGAAAAGUUUGGCAUUAAUUGGCAAAUAGUUGCGGUGGGGCUUUUCCACGAAAUAUCCGAUGGGGCUCCCCAUAGCCACGGUAGUAAUAGCCCAUUCACCGCGGAGGUGAAGGCAUUUGGAGAAGGGGCAGGCAUGGGAAGAGGGAAGUGUGAAAAGGGUUUAUUGGAGGAGGAGUGGGCAAAGUUGAGGAAAGUAGCUGACGGCUAA